AUGGAUGCUGAAGCAGCUUCUGGAGAGACUGCUUCAUCCAGCAGCGCGUUCAAUGUGGAAUCGAACGUUGCAGGCCAAAGAGAAAUUGAUGCAGACUACCCUCUCUCCUUUAUGGUGGCACGCUUGUCCAGCAUCCACGAGAAGCGUGUGCAAUCAGCUGUCAAGGUGUUUGAAGCGGCCAAAGAAGAUGCCGUUUGCAAACAGAAGAGUGCGAUGCGAUUCAGUACCAAAGUCGCCCAUCCCUUGCGGCAUUUCUGGCAAAGACCUCGGCUCCGUAAGUUGGACUCCGAGCACGACGAGGAGCACAUUCAUGAGCAUUGGAUAGAAUUGUUUAACGAUCUAAUCAUGGUGGCAAUGCUGUCCAACUUGAGCCACAUCUUCGAAAUUGGUGGCAACACCGUUACUAACCACGUGUCGAUGAUUGUCCUUUGGAUCAUCAUGAUACAAUCGCUCCAUUCUGUGUCCUUCGUUGUGAAUCUCUGGAACAUGGACGACUUGUUUACCCUGCUUUGCUGCUUCGGCACGACGUUGGGCUCCGUGUGGAUGGCAGCUGCCGUGAAAAGUGAUGUUCACCCACCAUGCACUGCAGCUUGGGUUGAUACUCCGCGCUAUGUCCAGAGGUUUGAUUGCGGGGCGUUGAUCAGCCAAGCCUCUCAGAUUGCAAUUUCUGCGCAAGCAGCAAUCUUCAACCCCAAUGCCCGGGACCACGUCGCAGUCAUGCUGAUGGCGAAUGUUGGCAUUGCUCUGGUGAUUGUGUUCAUGACAGCCCACGAGAAGUAUGUCAUUGUUGCAGCAUUCUGCGCUUCUUCCUACUUCAUCUGCUGGAAGUUUACGACUGUCAUGGAGUUGCUGGACCUGCAGCACUUGAGAGGUCGCGCGGACCUCAUGGUUCUGGUGUCCCUGGGCGAGUGGGUCAUCACGUGCAUUAUUCGCGAAUUUGAUCUUGUAUCACUCAUUUCCCAGACAUCUCUGGAUCUGAUGCUUGCAGCGGAGUACUUCAACACCAAACAGCACGGGGAUGAGAGCCAUGACUUGGCGCUGUCGACAAGAACGCCCAUGGAUCUGCUGUACUUGAAUUCCUGGGAAUAUACACUGCAGUAUGCCAUCGCCAUGUGUUUGUUCUUCCUGCCAGCGUCGGUGAGCGUGGGUAUCGACAUGCAGCAGUACAAGGCGAGCAGCCGCGGACCUGCCGAUCCUCACAGCCGAGCCAUGUCAUCCUCGUCGGGUUCUCAGGACAGCUGCGUCACAGAGUCCGGCUGGACGAUGAAUGUGCUUCGAUGGCACUCAGCGUCUAUACUCUGCAUCACUCGACUGCUGCUGCUAAGCCUCCGACAUGUUCGGAAGUGCAAGAUUGAAAAGCAAUCCGAGCUGGGCUACAAGUUCCAUGUACGAGAGCGAGUCAGUUGUCAGCAGUGCUGA